AUGACUAACUCUACAUAUAACUGUUCUCUUCCUUUUCAUUUUAUAAGUGAUGACAUAUUUUGUUUUUUAAAAGAUGGAUAUUUAUGUUUUAUGAAUUUAAUAAACAAUGAAAAAAAAUAUCUUUAUAUUACUUGUUCAGAAGAUGAAUGUUAUGUGCCACAAUAUUAUUUUAAUGAAAUAAAAAAUAAAUAUGAAAAAAAAGAAGAAAGUGGUAAUACAGAUAUGACAAUAGAUAUAAGAUUAAUACAAAAUGAAAACCACCAGAAAACUGUUAAUGAGACAUGUUACAUAAAAAAAUUUGUUACAAAUAAAAUAUAUCAUAAUUUAUUUUUAAUUAUAAAUAAACAUGAACAUAAUAUUUUAUGUUCCUUAUCUUUUAAAAAUAAUAACUUCCAAGUUCUUAACACUAAUUUUAUUAAAACGCUGAAAGGGGAAAUAAAAUCUAUGACAUGUAUGAAUAAUAAUAUUUUUGUCUUGAUAAAAAAAAAAAUAAAAAAUAAAAAUAAAAAAAAAUACAUAAAUAUAAAUAAAAAUAUAAAUAUAAAUAAUCAAAUCAAGAGUAAAAUAUUAAAUCAAAGUGACCUGACAUGUAAACAAACACUUGAUCAAGUACUUCUUCCAGUGAAGGGAGAGAAUAAUGUUAAUGUUAUAUGUGAAUCCAAGAAAGAAAAAAAAAAAAAAAAAGCAGACAAAAAAAUUGAGAAAAAAAAGGGGAACAUGGAAAUAAAAGAUAUCAAUGAAGAAGUAAAUGAAGAAGUAAAUGAAGAAAUAAUUGAACAUAUCAAUAAACAUACCAAUAAACAUACCAAUGAACAUAUCAGUGAAGAAAAAGAAAAUUAUAAUACGCCCUUAAAUAAUCAUGAGAACAUACAAUAUUACAUUUAUAUUUAUUCCAUAUUAAAAAAAGAAGAACCAGAUUUAAAAAAAAUACACAUUUCAAAUAUAACAUUAUCACUAAAAAAAAUGAUAAUAUGUCCAUAUGAUGAAAAUAUAAUAAUAUUGUUAUCACAUAAAAGUAUUGUAUAUAUUAUUAUGAAUAAAAAAGAUGGUGAUUUAAAAAAUUUAUUUAUUAUAAAAGAACUUUAUUUUAAUAGUCCUAUUAUUACUACAACAUGGAUAGAUAAUUAUAUAUUUUUAAUUUAUUUUUUAAACAAUGAAUUAAUAUUUUUAAAUUUUGAAAACCCUUGUAGAAACAUAUAUUAUUAUAAAUGCAUUAAUAAUUAUUCAAGCAUUACAUCUUUUUUUUAUAAGUCAAAAAAUUUGUAUAUAUCAUUUAAGACAAAAGAAAUCAUAUGUUUUAAAAUUCGUUAUUCUGAAAUUCCGUUGACUGUUUUUAAAAAGAUACACACCACUGAAGGUAAUUAUAUAGAUGCAAAAUAUUUAUUCAGAAAAAGACAUAAAUAUAUAUACUUCAAAAAAAAUGAUCAGAGAAAUAUAAAAGAUGAUAAACAAGGAAAUGUUGAUAUACAUACAAAUGAUGACACCCUUAUGGAUGAUAAUAAUAAUAAUAAUAAUAAUAAUAAUAAUGAUAAUAAUUUUUUUGAUAUAAAUAAAAGGAAAAGAAAAAAUGAUAGGAAUAACUAUGAAAUAACUUUAGAUAAUAUAUUAAGAGAAAUAAAAACAUUAGAAAAUAAAUUAUCAAACAAUGAUUAUAGUAUAUUUUAUGAAGAGAGUGAUAUAAAAAAAGAUGAAUUAAAAAAUAUGUUAAGUGCAAGAAGUUUAAGUGUUUAUAAUAAAUAUUUUCAUUUGAAUCUUAUAGGUGAUAAUAAUAAUAAUAAGAAUAGGAUUAAACAAGAUAAUACACAUAAUGUGAAUCACAAUCAAUAUGAUUGUUGUGAAAAAGAAGAUGUAUAUAUAAAUCCUUAUAUAGAAAAACAAAGAAUUUAUAAUAGUGAUGAUUAUGAUAAUGAUGAUGAUAAUAUAUUAUUUUCUCAUUUGAAUUUUUUAAAAAGAAAGAAAAAGAAAAAAUUUAAUUAUUUGAAUUAUGAUGAUGAGAAUGUUAUAAAUUUAUUAGAGUUUGUGUCUAUAAUAAAUUUACAUAAAUAUAUUUUAAAUAAUAUAAAUUGUUUUUAUAUAAUAUCUAAAUAUUUAUUUAUUUUAUUAGAUAAUGGUUUAUUAUAUUAUACCAUAAAAAAUGAUGAUGAGAAAAUAUAUGAUUUUUUAGAAUUAUCUAAUUUUUAUAUAUGUUAUUAUAAGAAUAUAAAUAAAAUAAUAGAUAUAAAAAUAAUAAAUGAACAUGAUAUAUAUUAUAUGGAUAAGAAACAUAUAAUAAAAAAUUAUUCUUUCAAAAAUAAUAAUCUAAAUAUAAUAAAUACAAACAAAAAAAUUGAAUCAUUUAAUAUAUUUUCUAUAUUAGAUAAUUGCACAUGUAUAUUUUUAUCAUUAAAUGAUGGAUCAUUUUAUUUUAUAAAUAGUACUAAACAUAAAAUUUUAUUAUAUGAUAAGUUACAGAAUUUUAGUUAUUUAAGACAUGAACAAAUAGAUUAUAAUUUAAAAAAGAAAAAAAAAUUAUAUAUACAAUAUAGUUUUUUUAAUAAAUUAAAUGAAUAUAUGUUCAAUGGUUAUUUUUAUGUAUACAAAUAUUUCAUAUUAUUCUUUUUAAUAUAUUCUACAUCUCAUAAAAAAUUCUUUAUUUAUCUAUUAGAAAAUAUAGAUAUGUAUAUUUUAUUUAAACAAAUACAUCAUACAAAUAUUCUAUCUUCAAAUAAUAUAAAAAAUAAAUAUAACAUCAAUAUGAUAAGACACAACAAAUCUUCUAAUUAUAUCUUAUAUAAUUUUUCUUUAUAUAAAACUUUAAAUAAGGAUUAUAUGUGUUUACUAUGUUCAGACAUACUUGUGUCUUAUUUUUAUGUAUUCUUUUUUGACCUUCCAAUGGAAGAGGAAAUUAAAAUGUACAUCUCACUCAAAGAGAAGAAAAAAAAAACAAAAAAGAGAAACAAAAACAAAAACAAAAACAAAAACAAAAACAACAACAAUAUUAAUGACAAUAAUAAUAAUAAUAAAAACAACAACAAUAUUUAUGAUAAUAAUUAUAAUAAUAAUAAAAAACAUAUUAAUUAUAAUAAAAGUGAUAAAAAUUUGAUGGAGAAUCAAAAUUAUGAAAUACCUAUUUGCCAAAAUGAUUAUGAUAAAUCCUAUCCUUUAUAUAAAAGAAAUAUUUUUUUCUAUAAAAUCAAAAAUAAAAAUAUUGUUUAUUCUAAAUGUAUAGGGAAUUAUAUUGUUAUUGCUGAUCAUUAUUUGAAUAUUCAUUUUUAUUAUAUUAAAGAUAUUUUUAAUUAUAUGUCCUCUGAUGAGACCCCUUCUGAGAUGCCUUGUAAUUUUUUUAUUCCACAUAAAUAUGAAGAACGUUUUGUUUAUAAAAUGAAGAAAAAAAAAGAAAAACAAAAAUAUACAUGUAACAUAAAAGAAGAGGGUGGAUUAAAUAUAAAUAAUUCAAUACAUCAUAAUGUGCAACAUAUAAUGCAACGAUUUUUUUUUUUAAAAAGAAAAAAAUUAAAAAAUACAAUCGAAUUUAAUGAUAAUAUAAUAAAGGAGGACAAACAUGAAGGGAGUAUAAAUGAAGAUAUUAAGUCUUUAUUUGAAUUGCUAGUUGAUAAAAAGAAAUCAUUUUUUUUGAAAAUUAUCAAUGGAAAAUUAAAAUAUAUAAAUGAAAGAAUACAUACAUCAGAACUAACAUUUAUAGAUAUUAUAACAUCAAAUAAUAUAUUCAUUUGUAUAUCCUUUAAUUCUGUUGAUUAUCCUCUUAAAAUAAAUUCAUAUAUAAAUAUUAAAUAUAUUCCUUAUAUAAAUAAUAAUAUACAAUAUUAUUAUCCUUUGAUCAUCACAAGUAAUAAUAACCUUGAGAAUAAUAAUAUGUAUGAUUUAUUUUUGAUCAAAAAAAAAAAUUUCCUUCUUUUAAGAAAUAAUUUAAAAGAAGAUGAACAAAAUAACAAACAACAGGAGAGUAAUCAUAUUACAUUACACAUGUCUACAUUUAUAAAAAGUGAACAAAAAAAUGAAACAUAUAAUAUACAAUGUGUUGAAGAAAAUGUAAUUAAUGUUACAACCAGUUUUAAGAAACAUAUCUCUUUUCAUCUUUCAAAGUGGAUAAUAGAAAAUAAUGACACAACAAAUUAUAUAAAUGAUACUUUGAUAAAAAAUAUGAAUAUUGUAUUUUUUAAAAUAAAAAAUAAUUUAUCAAAAAAUUAUAAAGAUAAAAAGAAAAGAACCUUCUUUGAAGAUGUUAUAUAUAUGGACAAAAAAGAUAUUGAACAUAUAGAAAAUAUAGAAAAUAAUAAAAUGAAAUACAAUAUAGAUAUAAACAAUAUUGAGAUGAAUAGGAAAACAACGACAUAUUAUGACAUAUUAAAUAAUAAAACAUUAUUAAAAAAUGUAGAAAAUUCAAAAUGUAUAGAAUCACAAAAUAAUAAUCAUAAUAUUAAUAAUAAAGAAAUAGAAUCAAAGAAUAUAUCAAAUGUCAAUAUUCAAAAUGAAGAAAAACAAUAUAUAUUUAAAGAUAAAAAUUAUAUUCCUCAUAAUAAAAACACUAAUUAUUUUUUCGACAAUGAAACAAUUAUAUUUACUUAUAUGAAAGAUAAUUGUUUAGAAAAUAUAUCUUUAAAGAAAUGCUUAGACAUAUAUCAAAAUAAAUAUUAUCUACAAGAAAUAUAUGAAAAAAGGAAAAAACACGAAAAAAAAAUUAUCCAUCUAAGAAAACAACUUAAAGAUUUAAUAAAAACAAAUUAUAAAAAUGAAUAUAUGAAAAUAGAUAGACGUACAUUUUUUUUUGAUAACAAAUAUAUAAAUGAAGAAGAUAUACUAGUUUAUGAAUAUAAAAAGAUAAAAAAACAAUUUAAAAAAAGAAAAAAACAAAAAUUAUAUAUUAUUAAUAAAUUACAAAAAAAAUGUUCUAUAUUAAAUAAAAUCGAUUUUUUAUGUUCAUUCAAAAAUAAUCUAUAUGUUGUAAAUUUUUAUAAUAAUCAAAAUAAAAAUAAAUAUCAAAAUAAAAAUAAAUUUCAUAAUUAUAUAUCAUAUACAUCCAACAAAUCAAAUCAUUUAUCUAAUUCAAAAAUUAAUUUAUCAUCUCAUCAUUAUUUAUCAUCUUAUAAUUUAUGUGUAUCUCUUUAUGCAGACAAAAUCAAAUGUUUACGAUUUUUACAAAUAAAAGAAUUUUUUUUUUUACACAAUAUAGAUAAGAACAAUACAUUAUUUUAUCUCAAAGAUUAUAGUGAUUAUAUUGAUAGAUAUCUUCAAGACUUCUCUUCUCUUUAUUUUCAUCAUUAUAAUCCAUGUACUUAUAUUAAUUUAAAUUUUCUAUAUGCAAACUUAUUUAAUGUGAAUCCUUUACAAGGAGAUGUAGAUGACUUAAGAUGGAACUACCUCCUUUAUUCUCCGUAUGAAAUUUUUACAAACUCUAGGAAGAGGCUCCAGUGUUACAUCUUAAAAAUAUUAAUAGAUCAGAAAAAAAAAAAGUUUCAAAACGAUUUUGAAAAUCUAAAAGAAGAAAAAGGUCAUUGCCUCAAGGAAAUUAAUUUCUUAAUAAAUAAACUUAAAACAUCAUUACAAGACGUAGAAAAAUAUAUGAACUACAAUUUUUCUUAUUAUAUGAAUAUGAAAUUAUUUAUAAAAAAUCAUCCAUGGUCUGACAAACAGGGAAUAUACAAUAUGCCAGAUGCUAUAAAAAAAGACCUUUUAUUAAAAAUACAAUUAAACAAAUUAAACAUUCAAACAAAAAAAGAUAUAAAUGAAGAAAAAGAAAAUAUUCAUGUGAAUACAUGUACACAAUAUUGUAAUUUGAAGCACGACAUGGACAAAUCUCCAUCCACUAAUAUGUUUCAAAAUGAAGAAACGAUAAAAAUCACAAACAACAAUCUUAAUAAAGAACGUUUAGAAAUUUAUGAAAUGAAAAAAAACGUUAUCAUAAAUAAAUUAAUGGACAUAAAAAAUUACAUAUUUCAAAUAAAUGAAAAAUGUGAAGAAUUUAACAAAAAAUUGAAAAUAUUACAUAAGCAAAAACGUAACAUGCAUAAACUUAUAAUCAUACAUGAGUUAUAUUGUAUUUCUAUAUAUUCUCUUUUAAUAAAUGAAGAAAAUAAAUCUGAAAUAUUAAGAGCAGUUAAUAUAAAAAGAGAAAAAAUAGAAACCUUAAUGAAACAAUUGGAAGGCUUCAUUAAAGACAUAAACACAUCAAAGAAUAAAGAUUCCAUGUUACAAGAAAAGAAAAAACUCCUAAAAGAAAAAUAUGACAAUGCCAUAAAAUUAAAUAAUUUAAUGACAGAAAAAAAAAAAAAAUUCGAAAAGAAAUUCUUACAUGAAUGUAUGAAUUUUGACGUUUUGAUAGAACAAAAAUAUGAAAAUGUCAUAGGUUUUUAUUAUAAUUCCAAUAAGAAUAUUUUUUUAAAAAAAAAAAUCAUCCAAAAACACGUGCAAGAAGCUAAUCAAAUAAUCCAAGAAAUUUUUGAAUUGAGAAAAAAUAUAACAAAUAUAAAAGACGAAAUUUAUAAGAAUAAAAUCAAAAAUAAAUACUUGAACUUUUUAUUAAUGGAUAUAGAAGAAGGAGUCUAUGAUGUAAAGUAUCUAAAACAAAAUUGUGAAUUCUUAUUUUGUGAUAUAAAUAAUGUUAUUAGUUCUCUUGAAAAGAAAAAGAAAAAUAGAGAUUUAAUAUUUCACAUAUCUGAGCAAAAAUUAAAAGAACAAAUAAAUACUGUGACCACAAAAACUCUUGCCAUAAAACAUGAAAAUAAAAUAUUACAAGAAAAUGCGAAAAGUUUAGAAAAAGAAAUUGAAGAAUUAAAAGAAAAAAAAAGUUCUACUAUCCAAUUAAAAACAAAAUCCUUAUCUUUACACAUUCAUGAUAAUAAGCAGGAUGAAAUUAAUGAGAAUAAAAUAGUAGAGGAAGAAAAAAUUGUCCACAGUGAAAAUAUUUCUCAUACUACAAAACAAAAUAAAGAGGAAAAAAAGAAAAACAAAAAUAUAUUCACAACAAAAGAUAUAUAUGAAAAGAGUCUCCUUUUAAAAAAGAAAUAUAAAUAA